AUGGAGUAUAUUUCGCCUGAUACCCAAUUAACACCCAAUGACGCACGUGUACUAUGCUGCCAAUGUGCGGUACCCAUAGAACCGAAUCCAUCAAAUAUGUGCGUCGCUUGUCUGAGAGCCCACGUCGACAUCACGGACGGGAUUCCGAAGCAAGCUACAUUAUUCUUUUGCAGGGGAUGUGAAAGGUACCUUCAACCACCUUCAGAAUGGGUCACAUGUGCUCUGGAAUCACGAGAAUUGUUAGCUCUAUGUCUUAAGAGACUGAAGGGUUUGAACAGAGUGAAGCUCGCUGAUGCAGGCUUUGCUUGGACCGAGCCACAUUCAAAGAGGAUAAAGGUUAAACUGACAGUGCAGGGAGAGGUAAUGGGUGGGACGGUACUUCAGCAGACAUUCAUAGUUGAAUAUGUUAUUCAACAUCAGAUGUGUGAUGCCUGCCAUCGCUCAGAAGCCCAAGACUAUUGGCGUGCUUUAGUACAAAUCCGACAAAGAGCCAGCAAUAGAAAGACUUUUUAUUACUUGGAACAGUUAAUACUUAAACACAAAGCUCACUCUAAUACUUUGGGAAUCAAGCCAAAACAUGAUGGUUUGGAUUUCUUCUAUGCUACAGAGAAUUAUGCUCGUAAAAUGGUAGAUUUCAUACAAUCGGUUCUACCUAUAAAGUGUCAGCAUUCAAAGAAACUUAUAUCUCAUGAUAUACAUAGUAAUGUUUAUAAUUACAAGUUCACAUUUAGUGUUGAAAUUGUUCCCGUGUCGAAGGAUAGCAUAGUAUGCUUGCCGAAGAAGUUGACACAAAGUCUUGGUUCAAUAUCACCGAUAUGUUUAGUGCAAAGAGUUACAAGCACCAUACAUUUGAUUGAUGCUUACACAGGACAAGUGUGUGAUCUUUCGUCAACAAUGUAUUGGAGGUAUCCGUUUAAUGCCAUCUGUAAUCCGAAACAACUUGUUGAAUACAUUGUGAUGGAUAUUGAUAUAUUGAAAGAACAUGAAAAGAAAACAUUCCCAGGUCAAGGCAUGGUAUCAAACAAACAUGUUGUGGCCGAUGUUUGGGUUGUGAAAGCCAGUGAUCUUGGACUAGAUGUGAAUCCAGUACACACAAGAACACAUUUGGGUCAUAUACUUAAGCCUGGAGAUGCAGUUUUGGGCUAUAACCUCGGCGAAUCUAACGUCAAUGAUGACAAUCUAGACAAGCUGGACCGUGAUAUAAUACCAGAUGUGUAUCUCGUUAAGAAACAUUACGGAGAAAGAGCUGCAAGAAGACGAGCCAGAGCCUGGAAACUUAAACACAUGCAUGAACACGGAUCGACUACAGACGACGACUACAAUGAAUUCUUGGAUGACCUUGAAGAAGAUCCAGCUCUUCGUCAGAAUAUAAAUAUCUUCAAAGAUAGUAAUAAAAUACCGAUUGACACAGACGAGAUAGAUCCCUCACUACCGCGGAUUACUCUGGCUGAAAUGUUGGAUGACCUCGUCAUAGAAGAUGUUGAUAUGACUGACGUUUGA